AAGGGAUUCCGUGCGGUCUUCACUGUUUUCAGCAUUAGUCACGAAAAUGCCGCUGAACGACAAGCAUCUCAUAUCACUAGUGCAGGCAAAUAAGGAAUUAUAUGAUAAGGGUAAUCCUUUCUAUAAGUUCCAGGAAAGGAAAAAGUUGAUAUGGGAAACAAUUGGAAAGGAGCUGCGCACAAGUAGUGAACUAUGCAAACGGAGGUGGUUAGCUCUCCGCGAUCGGUAUGGCAGGGAAGCCAGGAAAACUGAGGCACUAUCAAUCAGUGAAGCAGAGUACCUCAAGCCGUGGAAUCUGCUGGAGAGCAUGACAUUUUUAAGGCCGCAUGUUAUUCCUCGACCAACUAAGUGCUCGCAAAAUGUGUCCCCGGAAGUGGCCUUGCUUAUCCCUACAAUUUCUUAUUCCAUGCCCUCACCGUCGUCUCCAGAGUGUAUUGAGGUUGAUUCACCAUCUCCAUCAACAUCAGGAGCCGAAGCGUCAUCUCCGUCACUUGCUCCACCCCAGUCACAGCAAGCUAGAGGAAAAAAACGUGCCAGAAGUGCUGAGGUUGAAAAUGGAAUUUUAGAAGUCAUCAAACUCUUAAAAAAAAGAUUUUUUGAGGAAGAUAACAAAUCCAACAUCCCAGCGGACUUAUUUGGGAAAAUGAUUGGCUCAAUGGUUGCUAAAAUGAGUGCAACUAAACAAGCCCGGGCCAUGCAGCGAAUAUUGGAGGUAACGUUUGAAAUAGAGCAGGAGUCGGAAUAAGGGUUCGUAGUUUUUUUUUUAUUUAGUUUUAAAAAUCUUUCAAUUUUGAAUUUUAUAACAUAUUUGUUUGUAAUAGAAGUAUUGGUAGUUAGUAAGAAAAGACUAAUUUGGAAUAUGUAUGUAUACUUUGUGCAUAUGCGUAUACCCCAAUACUGUUAUUUUGUAAAUAUGUAUCUAUAUAUUGUUCCUGAAUUCUCCAAUAAUAAAAGAACUAUCUGAUGAAUGAAAAUAUUUCCAAAUAUUGUGAACUGCAUUAAUUUACAGUUGGACUUUAUAUUUGUAAGUAUAUUGAUUUAUACAAAUUACAUAUAUGUAUAAGAUUUCAUAAAUAAACGUGUAGAUGCUAAUUCAUUAUAUAUAUGUAUGUACAUAUGUUUCACUUCACAUGUGUUUGAAUUUCAUAUGUAAGGUCCGCCAAUGGAAAUGUCUAUGCCCACUUGGUAUGGAAAAGCUCCUUCAUUUAUGAAAUGAUUAGGAAACCUAUCGCGUA